AUGCUCGAUAAAAGGAGGAUCCUCCUUGUUGGAAGCGGCAGCGUCGGCACGAUGGCCGCGUUCAGCCUCGAAGCCAGCGGCCUCGCAAGUGUGACUGCAGUUUUGCGCUCCAACUAUGAAGCAGUGUCCAAGAAUGGCUUCAAUAUUGAUUCUGUCGAUUAUGGCUCUCACCAUGGCUGGAAGCCAACAGAAGUGAUCAAGAGCGUCCCCAAUGUAGCUGAGGAGGGUGUUAAACCCUUUGAUUACAUCGUUGUGGCGACUAAAAAUUGUCCAGACAUCAAGCCCACGGUCUCGGAUAUCAUUGCGCCGGCCGUAACAGAAGGUCACACGGCUAUUGUGCUUGUACAAAACGGGCUCAACAUCGAAAAGCCAUUGAUCAAGAGCUUCCCGGAAAACAUAAUCAUUUCCGGCGUCUCGUUGAUUGGCACCGCAGAAAAAGGGCAUGGAAAUAUCAUCCAUGACGCUCACGAUAGUUUGAUUGUUGGGCCUUUCCAAAACCCGAAUGUCUCAUCUCACGCCGCCCUGGCAGCUGCCAGGGAGUUUACAGAAAUAUAUAACAAGUCUGGUAAAGUCGACUGUGAAUUUAACGAGGACGUCGGCUUUGUCCGAUGGAGAAAGCUCGUAUAUAAUGCCUGCUUCAACCCUGUCGCUGUAAUCACCCGCAUGGACACGUCACGCAUGAGACUUGCCAAAACGCCAAUCGACGAUCUCAUCAGACCAGCUAUGUGGGAAGUGUGGAAUGCCGCAAAGGCAGCUGGGCAUGAAAUUCCUGCAGAUCAUAUUGAGAAGACGAUCGAAGCUGACCCUCUCGACGUAUGGUGCAAGCCGAGUAUGCUACAGGAUGUUUUGAAGGGCAACCCUAUCGAGCACUUGAACCUGGUCUGGGAACCUAUCCAGGAAGCCGAGAAAUCGGGUGUUCCAACCCCUACGUUGAAGACCAUCUUUGGAUUUUGUCAAGCCCUACAAUGGCAGACGAAAGAAGCGAAGGGUCUGGUGACUCUUCCUGCGGACGCUCCCCCUUCGUAG